AUGAAUUUGCCUACAUCGAUAUAAAACCGGUUACUAUCCUUUUUGAUUGUUACGAAUAUGAUUACAUAAUUACGUUAACUAUUUUACAAAUAAAAAAACAUAAGCCUAUGAUUACUGCCUUUAAUAUUUAAAAUUACACGAAGUUUAACUUAAAGAAACUUUAUAUAAUCAAGAAAAUUUAAUUGUUUUUCUACAUUUAUGACCAAAAACGGACUAACGCAAAAUAUUCGCGACAACGAUAGGGAAAUGUUCAUAACAACAGCAAUGGCGAAAUUAGCAUGCAUGCUCGCACCAAAGAGCGAAUGCUGAUGAAAAAACAAAAGCAUGGUCUUUAUUUGGUGAUGAUUGUUAUUAACUAUUAAACUGUACAACUAUAAAAUAGUACAUUACUACUUUAUAUACGUAAAUAAUAAUUUGUAUCUGUUCGAGACACAACCCCAUGUCGUUUCGUCUCUGUCGCAGUCAUGUGAUUCUGUUUAGAAGUAAUUCCGUCUUAAUUAGCAAUAUAACAAACGGUUUAGAAUAAUAUUCAGUGUCAUCUAUAGGAGAAAAUAAAAGUUUUAACGAAUUUAUAACCGGUGUAUAAUGUGCGUGUACUGUGCCCAAUGUAGUGUAACUAGUUUUUAUGUUUAAAUGUUUAUAAAUAAAUAACGUAUUUGGAAACUAAUUCCCUUCAUCGCGUUAUUUAUAUAAUCGUACAAAAUGAGUACGAAACCUAUUUUUUUCAAACCAGGAGAUAGCAUGUGGCAAGAAGAUAAACCAGACAUAGAUGUCCAUUCCUGUACACAAUUUGUUUAUAAUGCGCAUCAUUCUCUUGCACUUGAUAUGCAACGUCAAAGAUUGCCUACAUUCAAGUAUAAAAGUCAUAUUAUUUAUUUAUUGGAAAAGUAUCAGACAUUGGUCUUGAUCGGAGAAACUGGAUGUGGAAAAAGUACACAGCUUCCUCAGUAUCUUCUUGAAGCAGGAUGGUGUACAGAUGGGAAAAUAAUCGGAAUCACGGAACCGAGAAGGGUUGCAGCCACCUCUUUGGCGAAUCGUGUUGCGGACGAACGAAAUUGUAUUUUGGGCACCGAAGUCGGUUAUUCUAUACGUUUCGACAAUUGUACGGACGAAACAACGAGGAUCAAGUACAUGACAGAAGGAAUUUUACUCCGGGAAUUAAUGGGCGAUCCCUUGCUGACGAGUUAUUCCGUCAUCGUUAUAGACGAGGUACAUGAAAGGACCCUCCUCACCGACAUCAUCAUGGGACUAUUGAAGAAAAUAAUGCGGAAACGGAAAAGCUUAAAGAUCGUCGUUUGUUCCGCUACAGUCGACGCGGAACAACUUCGAGAUUUUUUUAAUACCGGUACAGUAAAAGACACAGCAGUCAUAAUGAACGUAGAGGGUCGACUCUACCCAGUAGAUAUUUACUUUGUAAAAGAGCCGGUGGCUAAUUAUGUCACCAGUGUUGUGGACACUGUUUUGAAAAUACACGAACACGAAGAGCCUGGGGAUGUUUUAGCGUUCCUUACGGGCCUGGACGAAGUGGAUCAAGCAGUUUCUCUUUUAUCGGAGCAUGCAAAACUUAUAAAAGAAGGGAAACUGAAACUUUUACCCCUGGCCAUGUAUGGAUCUCUUCCAAAUUCAGAACAGCUUAAAGUGUUUUGGAGAGCCGCCAAAGACACUCGCAAAGUAAUAGUAGCAACGAACAUAGCAGAAACAUCUAUCACAAUUCCAAACGUUGUCUAUGUUAUCGAUUGCGGUUUUGUCAAAGUUCCUUGGUUUGAAGCGGAAACUCAAACGAAUUCCCUUGUUAUCGUUCCUGUAUCGAAAGCUUCGGCCAACCAGCGUGCUGGUCGAGCUGGUCGCGUACGAUCAGGGAAAGCAUAUAGAUUGUACGUGGAAGAAGCGUACAAUGAACUGUUUGAGGCAACGCCACCGGAAAUGCAACGCUCUGAUUUAGCACCCGCUAUAUUACAGUUGAAGGCUUUAGGCAUCGAUAAUGUAUUGAGGUUCAAUUUCCCUUCUGCUCCACCCAGUAAAAAUUUGCUCACAGGGCUGGAAUUACUAUACGCGUUGGGUGCAAUUGAUAGUAAUGGAGAAUUGACGACACCAUUAGGCGUAACAAUGGCGGAGAUGCCAUUGGAACCUGUUCUGGCAAAGUCUCUCAUCGUAUCAGGUGAAAUGGAAUGUUCCGAAGAAUUGACAACUGUUCUCGCCAUGCUACAAGUACAGAACGUUUUCAUAAGACCAGCUGGAGGCCAAGCUGCGAUAAAGGCCAGAGUGGCGCAUAGAAAAUUUGAGGUGGAAGAAGGAGAUCUUUUAACGAUGCUCAAUGUCUAUACCGCUUAUGAGAAGAAUAAAACAUCCAACUGGUGCCAGAAACAGUUCCUUAACUACAAAGCGUUACGACGAGCCACGGAGAUUCGAAUGCAAAUGCAUUCCAUGAUGAAGAGAUUAAGUAUACCAUUAAUUUCUUGUAAUGGAAACGUACAACAAAUAUUAAAAUGUAUAACAGCUGGACUUUUUCCAAAAGCAGCAUAUUUACAUUAUACUGGCGUGUAUAAGACUGUACGUGGCAAUAGGGAUUUAUACAUACAUCCAACUAGUUGUUUAUAUACACUUCAACAACCACAAUGGCUACUUUUUUGCGAAGUUCUACAGACAAAUAAAACGUACAUGAAGGACAUAACAGUGAUACAACCAGAAUGGUUAUUAGAAUUAGCACCUCACUUUUAUGAAAGAACUUCCCUCGAAACUGUUUAGUAUAAUUUUUAUAAAUUUGUAAUAAUAAUGAAAACGAAAAUUAAUUGAAUUAUAAACAUUAAGCAAUUUUUUGUACUAUUCCUAUGUAUGAGCGUGUAUUAUUAAUACGAUUGAGUCUAAGUAGCUACAUGAAUUGUUUAGUUAUUACGAUAUAGACGUUAUUUAUACAAAUUUUUUAAAGUGUUUUAUAUAAAUCUUAUGAAGGAUUAAAUUUUAUAUAAAAAGUCGCAUUAAAAACUUCCACCACAAAUGUUUUA